ACCGCGAGUGCUCACCGUUCCUUUCGCCUACCUCCCUCCCAUUACGAGGGCCACCCCACUUCCAACCGGGGACGAACCCUAGACUUGCAUCCUGCCCUCCUCCGACCCCGCGACAAUGGCCGAUGCGUACUGGAGGUACGGCGAUGCGCGCCACCAGGCGGCUGCGGCGGCGAUGGCCCCUCCCCCCGCCACUCUCAAGCGACCUCGUGCGGAGUACCAGUAUGUGCCUAGUGGUUCCGACGUGUUUGCCUAUUACCCUCGUGAGGAUGAAGGGACUGCGCAUCCUACUGUCAGGGAUACUGAGUCCCUUGGGGCUUCAUAUGAUCGUUACUUACGCAAUGGGAUUUCUUCUUAUGGUGCUGGUGAGUCUGUUAGGCCUGUGGGUGGAGGAAUUAAUAACCAACCUAUUGAUGAUCGACGAAUCAUCAGUAUCGAAAGCUUGGAUGGUCGGAGUGCUGGAUAUGGUGGCAGAAGGCCUGAACCUCCGCUUCCUCCAGAUGCUUCAAAUACUUUAUUUGUGGAGGGCCUCCCUGCUGACUGUACACGCAGGGAAGUCUCUCGUAUCCUUUUGACAGUUUGUGUCUUUUUGUGCUACUAGAUUUUAGUUGUUUGCUAUUCCUUCAUCCUUUUGCAGACAUUUUCCGCCCUUUUGUAGGGUUCCAAGAGGUGAGACUUGUGAACAAGGAAUCCAGACAUCCUGGGGCUGAUCCACUUGUCCUAUGCUUUGUUGAUUUCGUCACUACAGCCCAAGCUGCAAUUGCAUUGGAAGCUUUGCAAGGGGAAACGGAAAGAGUAUGUUGACCACCCAGUACAUUCACCACUAGGACACCUGAAGCUAUGGUGCUUACACUGUUCCGAGAAGAUACAUGAUGGCCUGGAGUUGUUGAAGUCUUAUCUAUGCCUGAUACAGGUCAUAUUUGCAAAACAGUCAAACGGAGAGGUUGAAAACCGAUGUUGUGUCGGCAUACAAUUGAAGUUUUUGGAAUGGUCGUUUGGUAUGACGUCUCUCUCGAAACUAUUUGCAACCCAUACUGAGGAGGUGAAGGAGAUUUCACGUUUGGUGGACUUUUCUGCUUGUGGUGUUUUGAGGGCACAACCGACCGCGUGUUGAAUUCUUAUUUACGUUCAUGAAUGCUGCACUGGAAUCCGUCUCCGAGGUGAAGCCGAUGAAUACGGCCGCGUUUGUGAUUCAGAUUCACUUUGGGAUUGUGGGACCCAAUUCUUAAAAUCGUUGCAAAUCUGGUGUUGGGCCGCCACUCGGCCCAGAAUAUUCCUUGCGUUCCCAGUCCGAGAAGCACAUUGGGCGACCCGUCCGGUUUUGUGGCACGACCAAUUGGUUCCAUGGGUACUCUGUGGUCGUCGGAUGUGGUGUCAAUGGAGUUAGAUUAUGCCUUUUCCAUCACAAGCGACGCUCCGUGGACGGCAAGCAAGAUGGGGGUAGGUUGCGGACUUGUGCUCCAUGUGGGUCACAUUGGUACCCUAUCUCGCUUCCCUUCUAUUGUUUUUGGCUUCUUUCCUUCGUGACGGUUGCAAUUUCCUUAAUAGAUAUUACCAGAUACAUGAAGAUUGCCACAAAUUCGCCGGUGACUUAUCUAUUAUUACUCGUAUCCUCAAGUGUAUGAUUGCUCGUAGAUGUGCGGUACAUAUGUUACACCCACAUACGCAUUCUUUCAAUUUCAUUAUUUUAAUUAUCCGUGGAUCUUUUGCAGUCAACGCCCUUUGCAUCAUCUCGAGCGGCUCCCCUUGACAGAUUGCACAGAUCUGUACACCCGAAUUGGUAUACUUGAUGCCCCUUCUCUCUCUGUCUCUUCCGACACAACACCAUAUUCUUCUACCCUGCGGAAGAAGAAUAGGUUGCCAAAAUGGACAAGCCUCAAGAGGAAGAAGAGCAGCGCCAGAUCACAUCUCCCCUGCUCGCCUCCGAUCCCUCCACCUCGGCGUCGUCCUCGUCAUCUCCACCACCACGAAAGGAGGAGGAGGAAGAGGAAGAGGAAGAGGAAGAGAACUCGCCCAUCGAGCAGGUGGCCUUGACGGUGCCGGUCAAUGACGACCCCGCGACGCCCGUCCUCACCUUCCGCAUGUGGGUCCUGGGAACAGCCUCCUGCGUGCUGCUCGCCUUCCUGAACCAGUUCUUCUGGUACCGGAAGGAGCCGCUCUCCAUCACCUCCAUCUCCGCCCAGAUCGCGGUGGUGCCGCUGGGCCACCUCAUGGCCUCCACCAUCACCGACCGCGUCUUCUUCAGGGGGAGCCGGUGGGAGUUCACCCUCAACCCGGGUCCUUUCAACAUGAAGGAGCACGUCCUCAUCACCAUCUUCGCCAACUCCGGCGCCGGCAGCGUCUACGCCAUCCACAUCGUCAGCGCCGUCAGGAUAUUCUACCAGAAGCACAUCACCUUCUUCGUCUCCUUACUCGUCGUCAUCACCACACAGGUUCUCGGCUUCGGGUGGGCUGGGAUGUUCCGGCGGUACCUGGUGGAGCCGGCGGCGAUGUGGUGGCCGCAAAAUCUGGUGCAGGUCUCACUGUUCAGAGCCCUGCACGAGAAAGAAGGUCGCCCCAAAGGUGGCAUGACUCGGAACCAGUUCUUCAUGGUGGCCUUCUUCUGUAGCUUUGCCUACUACGUUCUCCCAGGCCAUCUCUUCUCCGUGCUCACCUCCCUCUCCUGGAUGUGCUGGAUCUUCCCUCGCUCCGUCCUUGCCCAGCAGCUCGGUUCUGGACUCCAUGGCCUCGGCAUCGGCGCCAUCGGCCUGGACUGGGCCACCAUCUCCUCCUACCUCAGCAGCCCCCUGGCCAGCCCUUGGUUUGCGACUGCCAAUGUCGCGGCUGGCUUUGCGCUCAUCAUGUAUGUCAUCACGCCCGCUGCGUACUGGCUCAACCUCUACAACGCCAAGACCUUCCCCAUCUUCUCCGAUGGCCUCUUCACAUCCACCGGGCAGAGCUACAACAUCUCCGGCAUCAUAGACCCCAACUUCCACCUCGACAUCAAGACCUACGAGAAGAAUGGUCCGCUCUACCUGAGCGCACUCUUCGCAAUGACCUACGGCGUCGGCUUUGCCUCUCUCACGGCGACCAUCUCUCAUGUUCUUCUCUUCCAUGGAAGCCAAAUAUGGCAGAUGAGCAAGUCAGCAUUCAAAGAGAAGAUGGAUAUCCAUACGAGGCUAAUGAGCAGAUACGACCAGGUCCCGCACUGGUGGUUCAUCAUCCUCCUCGUUGCCAACGUUGCUCUUACCAUCUUCGCAUGUGAGUACUUCAUCGAUCAGCUCCAGCUGCCAUGGUGGGGAGUACUACUAGCCUGCUUCAUCGCCGUUUUCUUCACGCUCCCCUUCGGAAUCAUCAAAGCCACCACGAACCAGACACCGGGACUAAACGUCAUUACAGAGUACAUCAUCGGAUACUUGUAUCCCGGACGCCCAGUCGCAAACAUGUGCUUUAAGGUAUACGGAUUCAUCAGCAUGAAACAGGCCUUGUUGUUCUUGCAAGACUUCAAAUUGGGGCACUACAUGAAGAUACCACCCAGAACUAUGUUCAUGGCACAGGUUGUGGGCACCUUGAUUGCUGCACUCGUAUAUUUGGGAACUGCAUGGUGGCUUAUGGAGACCAUUCCCGACAUCUGCAACACCAAGCUCCUGCCUUCGGACAGUCCAUGGACCUGCCCCGGUGACCACGUCUUCUACGACGCCUCUGUCAUCUGGGGUCUCAUUGGUCCACGCAGGAUCUUUGGAGACCUCGGCACCUACUCCAACAUCAACUGGUUCUUCCUGGCUGGUGCGCUGGCGCCUCUGCUCGUCUGGCUUGCGCAUAAAGCCUUCCCAGAGCAGGAGUGGAUCCGCCUCAUAAACAUGCCCGUACUGAUCGGCGCCACUGGAUCGAUGCCGCCGGCAACAGCCGUGAAUUACACGACAUGGGUCUUUGUCGGUUUCCUCUCAGGUUAUGUGGUCUACAGGUACAGGCGUGAGUGGUGGCAGCGGCACAACUAUGUGCUCUCUGGUGCUCUGGAUGCAGGGCUGGCAUUCAUGGGCGUGUUGCUGUAUAUGUGCUUGGGAUUGGAGAAGGUGAGACUCAAUUGGUGGGGGAAUCACUUGGAUGGGUGUCCUCUGGCUUCCUGCCCAACGUCUCCGGGUGUCGUCGUCGAAGGUUGCCCCGUGUUCUGAGAUGCUUGUGGAGCUACAAGUUCUUUGUUUCCUUAUUAGAUUUGCAUUCAUACUUCAGUGGAGAUGUAUAAAUCAUUGAAUUGGAAUAUGUAACUUAGGUACAAAUCAGUGAACAUGGAAAUCUCAGCCCGGCAUUUCGA